GGCCUGCUCUGGGGCCUGGGCACGUGCCCUUCCUUGCAACUGCCGUGCAGGAGCUUCUUGAGCUAGCGCCUGAGUGUCUCUUGUCUUCCUAGGUCGGGCACAGAAGACAGCACUGGGAGAAGGAGCUACUGGGCUGAUGGAGCCUGAGCUGCUGGACCUCCCCCUCGGGGUCAAGAUCCCUGUGGUGCCCGGCUCCAAGCCUGUCUUCAGCAGGGCAAAGCUGGGGGAAAAGCUUCACCGGCCCUCAGGCUAUUUUGACCUGGGCGAUCCCUACUGUCGCCUAACGAGCACAGAGUACAACAGCCUCCAUGACCCGCAUCUGCAGGCCUACUACAAACGCAAAGACAACCUCCGGAGGCUGAAGAAAGAGGGUUACGUCACCAGCGACGGCAAAGUGGUUUGCACUCUGAAGGAGUUCAACGAGUACAGGCAGUAUCUGACCAGGCUCAAGCUGGAGGCAGAGAAAAUGGCCAGGCAAGAAAAGGAAAGGCUUCGACCACACGUGGCCAAACCAAAGGAUGCCCCCAAACUGCCAGGAGAGAGCGACGCUUCGUGCCCGGGACAGCGGCCGCUGCAGCCUCGCAAACCAUCUUGCCCACCUCCACCCAAAAGCAGAAGGAGCCCCCUCAAAUCGGGGCGAUGCGCAAGAGGGAAAGCAGCUGUGGAUGAGAGCCAAACCUGCUCCCAACCUGAGCUGGGACAGGAAGGUGCCAAGCUGCCCAGGAGGGUUAGCAGUGACGCUGCCUCCAAGAGGAAGCCAUACGUCACGGCAGGCAGCGCGUUCACAGCUGCGUCUGAACAACAAAGUGCCACAGAUGCCCAGCAGCUUGAAGAGGUGGUUGAGACUGUGGUGCACCAAGUGUUGGAGGUGGUGAAGGGUCCUCGGGAUGAGUCAAUCUCCAUCUUAAGGAGAGUUGCCCUGGAGAUCAGAGGAAGACUGCGUGCCAGCACCGGAAGAGCAGAGACUUCUCCUCGGAAUCGCUGGCAGGAAAUUGUACUGGUGGGCAAAGAGCUUGUAGUGACCGUGCUGGAAGGCGUGGGGGAGCGUUUGGCAUCCAGCAGACGUGACUCAGGAGUUGGACGGUGA